AUGCGUUCUUCUACCCAAGCGCCGGGCCCAAAUGUCUCAACCCUCGAACUGCACCAUACAAUCCGAAUCGACUAUCCAGCACUCGAGAUUCUCACAGAUCCGUCCGAGAGAGGUGUUCUUCACCGACCUCUGAAUGUUCAGCAGCGAUACCAACCCCUACCACUGAUCGCCGACGACGAUGUGUACUCUCACGCCGGUCGUGACAGAGCACCUGCUACUCAGUUCUUCUCCUUAUACAAUGCCAUAUCUGAUCAGCCCAACCGCAGAGACCUGUGCAGAUUUCUCCAAUCCGAUGUACGCGAGGUCACGAAGUUCCACGGCAAGACAAGGCUUUCAGUCGUGCUGUACAUGACGCCGAAUGACCUGAGCUUGAUGUUUCGAGUUCGCCGCAAGACAACGUACUUCCUCAAAGACGGAUAUGAAGAUGUUGAAUCACAAGAUUACAAUUUGCCAUACGAUGAAUUCUUCGCACAUCAAGGCGAGUCCCAGUGGUUUCAGGACAUCUUGCAUCUAAUCACGAUGAAGGACGAUCGCUCAGCUCGAUACGUCCAGUUCAAGCUUUGGAUGUUGGAGGCUCAGGACUUUCCAGGCGCUGCUGAUCUGUUCGACAGAUUCUGCAGAAGCUGGAAGCCUCGUCGGCAACCGGAUUACGAAGUCUACCUCAGCAAUUUGAUCACCGAAACCAAGCGGCCUUCAAGUCUGCUGAGCACCAAAGUGUGCAAAGUCUGCCGGAAGUCUUUCAGCAAAAGCCAUCCGCCCGCAGCUCUCCCUUGCUGCAACAAGCUCGUGGCGAAGUCAUGUCUGGUCGAGUGGUGUCAAUCCUUCAACUCAAAGACACUGAUUCCAAAUUUUUCUGUGCCAUCGUGCCCGUCUUGCAAAACACAACUGUUCACAGACCCAAGGACUGUUGAACACCUCAAAUUCGGCAUGCUCGCGGACCAAUACUGGAUUGACAAACGAUUUACUCAAUGGGAAAACUUCGAGCGGUCCUGCGCUGACCUCGACAAGCAUCACGCAUCUCGAAACAACUCCCAACUCACCAUUAGCCCGCUCGCGCUGGCAAUGACCUGGCAGAAUAUGUUACACGGGACUACAAGACACGAUGAUCCAGCCCAUCUCCAGCCGCAUCGAUUCCCCGAGUUUGCAAUUUUCGAAAAAGAAAUGUUCACUCACCUGCGCCAGUUGGAAGGUGUGACAUGCAUCGUCUCCAACCUCUAUCGCCACCUCACGACCGAGAUCGAACGGGAGUUCAAGUCUCGCUUCCGCCAGAACGGAAUGGAUCUCUAUCUCCCACCCGGCUCACGAGGCUGGGUAGGCAAUGAGCAGAUCCGAGACUUGAUGUGGCGGGAUGGGUUUCUGGAGUUUGUGAUGAGGGUCUUGAAUCGUACGUUGCAGUUCCAUCAGCUGCGGCAGUGUCGGUGCCGGAUUGAAGCUGGCGUGCAUUGGGAAGGUGGAAGGCAGUUUUGGAAUCCGGAUGUUUAUGCACAACGAAGGUCGGAGACUUAUGCGAGCGUCCUCCAGUGGCAAAAUAGUGGGUCGGGAAGGAGCCAUGGGGAGAGGAUAUGA